GCGCGAUGAGCGUCGUGUGCCGCGGCCAUGGACCGCCUUCCGGUCAGCGCCCAAUGUCAUCCUCGGGGACGGUAGUCUCCAGCGACAAGCUCUUGGCGAGCAAAGUGUGCGACCUCCGCGACCCAGACAAUGGCACGACUGCACCAACACCGCCGAGUCGGCCUCAAACGUCGUACAACAUGUAUCCGUUCCGUGGCAUGCACGGGCCAGAGACGCCACGCUCGCGGCAGGCCAAGAAACCGAGCUCUGCCUCGUGUACGCGGUCUACUCCUCGACGACCACCGAUCGCUGGUGAAAGCCAUGCGAGCCAUGUCAACCAACAUGGCCAAAGUCAGUUGGCGUUGUCAUCGCCAUGGCAAGCGAUGCUGCCGAGGCCAUCGUCGCCCCUUCCAGUAGCCCCUGCAGCCGUCUUGGACCAUCUCGCCCAUGAAGCUCAUCCUCAUGUCAAGCCAAGCGACCUGCGGCACAUCAACACGUGGCUGCAUAGCUUGGACGUCGAGUCGAAGAACUUCACGUCGUACUUUUUGUUUUGUGAAAUGAAGUUCCGCGAGUCGUCCGUCCUCACCACGGGCAAACCCAUGCCGAACCGACUGCGCACGGCCGUUGCGUUUCAUUGCUUGCAGCACGCGACGAGCCUCUUUGGCCGGUACCAGCAUGUGCUGGGCACAAUUUGCCAGAGCCUAGGAGCUGCCAUCUACUCGGACUACGACGCGCGGCAUGUUGCGUCAAGACAACACGCCGAGGCGUCGACCGUGUCGGCGGUUGAUUGGUAUGAAAAAGGAACGGCGUACUUUCAAAUGGCCGAGCAAUUGCGUGGCCAGGUGGAUGGACUCCAAGCGCAGGUCACAGCGGCUGAAUUUGAAGCCGAGCGGCUUCGAGAAGAAGUCGCUGCACUGACGAGUCAAUGCGACGCACUCAAGCGGCUUCGCGGACGCAACACGCGGCCGUCCCUCGUCGUCGAGCUCCAAAACAUGGGCGCCAUGGACAAAGUCGACAUGAUCUUCAAGACGUUCCAGUCGUUUGACGCAGCCAACCGACGCAACAUUCUCGUCGGGCUCAUUCAAACAGUGGAGCAAAACUUGAGCGCCGAGAUGCUGUUUGAUGUGGUGCAAGCGAUGGCGCAUGAAGAAGGCGAGCGUCUCGCGCAAAUGCUGAUGCGCGAGUACGACGUUGGCACAACGAAAAAGACCACGAACGAACACGUCAAGAAACUCCAACGGUUUGUCACCGGAUUCGCGUCGACGCUAAAGGAAGUCAACAAGUCGGUGCCGGUGCACGAGGCGGCGGCCGCGGAGCAGACGACUGCGGAACUCCAAGCCGAACGCGCCACGUUCGAAAAGAUGUUGCUGCUCAAAACCGAGAUGCAAACGCUCAAAGAGAACCACGAAAUCGAGCUUCAAUUUGAGAUGGACAAGACCAAGUUGUUUGAGGAAGAGUGCAAGGAGCUUAUGACCAAGUACCAAGACGCUCUCAAGCGCAUCCCCAAGCCACCAGAGGUCUCUGAUCACGCCGUUCAAGUCGACAUAAUGGAGGCCGAGACAGCCACGAAGCGCAAGAAGAAGCGCGGCGACGUGCGUGGCACAUUUCUCGCGUCUGCGUGCGAUGCGAGUGACGUAUCGUUAGGAUGUCGACGACGACGACGGGUUUCGAGGAAUCUCGGAUGUGAUUGCCGACGCCAACCUCCCCGCCAAGAAGAUCCGAAAGAUCUUUUCAAAGAAACACGCCAUGGCGCUGGACGACGUUGCCGGCACGAUUGCGAGCUUGUACCAGGCCAAGAUGACCCAGGACAUCCACGACGACUGCAAUGGGAAGCCGCGGUCGGGCUUCCUCAAUCUCGUCGAGGACUUGUUCAUCCUGUACUAUGGCCUGAAAGAGCUCGCCAUCGGCCAGCUCAUUUGCAUCGACACUGCCGUCCACAAGUUUUGCGAGCACAAUGCUCGCGUGAGACUCUUUGGCAUCCUGAUCGGGUCGAAUGCAGCGGUGUGCGCCACGCAACCCAUGGGACCGUCCCCCGAAGCCAUCGACUUCUUCCUCUUCCUCGUUGGCGUCCUCUUCCACGUUGGCCACUACACGACGCAGUACGAGCAUGCCCUGGCCGUUGCGAAGCUGCUCAAGUCUCGGUUCGGCGAUGGAAUCCCACAUAGCCCGAACAGCACGCGCAUUCAUGUCCAGGAAGCGGUCCACGUAGUUCAGAUCGCGUUCGCGUUCGACGCCACCACCGACAACCACGAGCACUCGGAGUGCAUCCAACUCGUGCAGGCCCUUGCGCUCAACGACACGAUCGACAUCGACCAAUUCCUGGAGCAAGUCAUGCUGCAUUGGUUUGCCAUGUACGACAGCCAAGUGGCGUUCAUGAAGAAAUUGUUUCACAGCAUGGACCACGACAAGAAUGGUGUGCUGGAGUUCCACGAGUUUAGCGGCAUGGUGCACAAACUUGACCCAGAGAUGACUCAGCGCGACUCGCUCGCCAUGUACAACCGCGUCGCCGGCGUAGACAACGUGAUCGAUUGCAAAGAGUUCGUCGCGUGCAUGAUCAGCCACCAGCAGCACUUAAUUCUCAAGACAUACUUUGCCAAUGCACCUCUUCGAGAGAACCCCGGACGCCGUGCAAGUCUCCGCUUCCAACCUGAGAAAACUCUAAGGCACUUGUCCGUCUUGCGCGACACGGUCAAGUCCACCGCACGGCUGACGAUGGACAACACCCCCCAUUCAACAGACGAGACCGAAGACGACCACCCAACACCCCCACCAGCGCUGAAUGUCCCAAGGCGCGAGUCCGUCGCCCAGCUCCCGUGCAACAUUCUCGGUCGGCUGCGUGAGAUGGCGAAUCAAGGCGCUUCUGACGAGUUCGUGGUGGACGAGGACAAUAGCCUUGAUGCAGGAGCCCCGUCAUUGGCAAGGCGGCGAUCGUUCUCGUCGGAGAACUGGGACACCAAGAUUGACGACAUCAUCAGCUCCGUCAUGGCUCGUGACGGAGACGUGCGCUGAAAUCUAAAGUAGGCGACUAUUUAAUUUUAGCCAAUCACACAGUGUUAUCAUGGAA